CCAUAAAUAAAUGACCAGCUGUAGUCUACUGAUUUCUUAUCUGUCUAUAUAUUUUAUCCGUCGCCUCAGUCAGACAUUUUUAGAUUUUGAAAGCAAAUCCAACUCUAACGUUAGCAGCAGUACCUUCAACCUGAUUUGAACAGGAAUCAUUCAGAACCAGAUUUUAUGGGUAAACAAGGGCCAUGUUGCCAUUGUAGCAUCAAGCACAAAGAUCCUCACCUGAAUCCUGACAGUGUCCCAAGAAGAAAGAUAUCAAAGCUUAGACAUAGCAUUUUGUCACCUGCUCAAAUCCAGAGGACACUUGAUAACAAUCUCCAGGCACCAGACUUUGAAAUAAUAUCUGACGGAGAUGAACCUGUUACUCUAAUUUAUGCAAGGAACAAAUACAUUCCUCCUAAUGAGAUUGGUCUUGGAGCUAUGCUGCUAGUAUCACCAACUACUACUACAGAACGCUCGACGCCUCAAUCAGCAAUGGCAGAAGAUACUGCCUCUUGCUCAAUGGAUGUUUCUAAAUAA